GGCGCGCGACGGCCCCACGCAUUGUUUCGAAGACUAGUGCUUCGCCGUCGCCAUAUAGGAACUACGUGAACUCAUAUUAUAUAUGCCGGCAACCCGACGUCUUGCGUCAUGCAGUCAUGUUGGAGCACAUCAGUAAUCUCUUGCGCAUCGUAUUUCAACGUAUUAUGGCCUAGAUCGACUGCAUGAGGUCAAUGGGCAGGAGCCGCUUCAGCGAUCACAAGAAGUAUGGCAGAUGCGUCUACCCUUCCCCCGCACCGAUUCCAGGGGAAGUUGCGCCUACUUUGGAACAAGGUCCCUCCUUUUCGAUGGCUGACUCAGCUGCAGUGGGGCAGAGAGUUCGGCUUCUCUCCAAGAUCGAUACUGCCGUGUCUUCAUUUUUCAUGGUAAGAAAUGUCGCAAGUAGUAUGACGAGGGAUUUCUGCGCACGUGAACGCACGUUCAUGUCUUGGGUCAAGACCUCUGCAGUAAUGGCUGGGCUAUCGGGGCUCUUGCUCUUACGGUUCAAUCUUGAUGACGUCCAGUCAAGUCCAAAAGCCAGCGUGCUGCUUGUCGACCCUCGCGGGCCUCAAGGCUCGCGACUUUCCGUUCAACGAGCUCUGCGGCGCCGGUGGCGAGAGAGAAUAUAUGCGAUGAAGAUUGCACCUGCGCAAAGUGAAUACGGAUUCGCUGAGAAGGCGACAGGGUACAUCCUUGACACAAUUCCCCCACCAUCAGAACUACUCACGUUUCAGACUACAAACUCCCUUCUCGAACCGAGUGCUUUUCAGAUGCCGAAAGUGGCAUUGAAGCAACAAGUAUCUAGGGGGGUGCUAGAUACAGCUACGGGCUCGCUUGUGUUGGGCCUCAUUUAUUUCGUCGUCGCCCUGCUCGCCCUGGGCAUCGGCACAUUCGACUAUUUACAGAGAGAGCGCGCUCUGGAGCGGAUAGACGUAUUAGCGCAAGCAGGAUCAGCCCAUCCCAUGUGCGAUGGCCAGGCUGAUGGUGCCGUCAUGGCCCAUUCAGGCCCGAGGGAAAUUGCUUCUGCAAUUGGAAGGAAGAUCGAGCUCCAUCUUGCAGACAAAGAUGUCGAACAUGCAAGGAGUGGAAAGAUUGUCAAUUUCAUGACAGGCCUUCUCUCUCUGGUCAUCGCCAUCAGCGCCGUACUUCUAUUAGUCGAUGAGGAGCUGAGGACAGCUUAAAAUGCGCGUGUGUCCCCCUUUUAAAAGAUGUAUCCCGCCAAUGUUGUACUUUUACCAACUAUCUAUUGCGAUGACAAAUUCAAGUCUUUGUGAAGACCGAUGUCGCCAUCAAGUACCAGAAACGACAGGAUGAUACUUUACGAACCGAGCCGCUUUGCUGUCUCCUCACGCGUAGCUUGCAAUGCUGCCAUCUUCUCGGUUUUACCAGC